UUACCCCUCUCCUCCUGUGGCUAUAGGAGCGAGCAAGUUUUCCUCAACUACUCCCCGUGCGGCUAUAAGAACGAGUCAUACCUCACGCCCGAUUUGAUUGUUCAAGCGGCCUUGGUGAAUUUUACUUCGGUUUUAUGAGUCUGUCAGAAAAUCUCAAUUUAGAAUAAAUCUGAAUUCUAAGGUGAAGUGGCAUAUUCCAGAAAACCGUUUUCGUAGUUAUAUCGGACGUGUUUAUUGAAUAAAAAAUGACUCAAUUUUCUGUUUUGAAUCUUCUCGCGGGAUUUACGGCCAUACUCGCAGGCACUUUUUUUAAGCCCGUUAGAUAUCCUACGAAUGUCAUGCCUGAUGAUAUCAUCGUAGACUUCAUAGUCGUGGGCUCAGGCUCGACGGGGAGUGUGGUGGCUGGUCGGCUGGCCGAGAUUUCGGAAUGGGAUGUGCUGGUUUUAGAAGCCGGAGGACAACCUCCAGCUUUUGCCAAAGUUCCAUUCCUCCACCUCGGCUCAGAGUUUCCCAACUCCUCAUACAUGAACUAUUACAAGAUGCGUCCUCAGAAAUAUUCUUCUCAAUUCGCGAAAAAUACCGGAGGCCUGUACCGGAGAGGAAAAGUGAUUGGGGGAUCAGGCACCAUCAAUCAGAUGAUGCACCAUCGCGGUAUUCCUCAGGAUUACGAAAACUGGGCAGCGCAAGGUAAUCCAGGCUGGGAUUAUAAAACUGUCCUGAAGUAUUUCAAGAAAACUGAAGACUACAAGGGUCCUCUCAAGUCCCGAGAUGCUCCAUUCCGAGCUUUUGGAGGUCCUAUUGGCGUGGAGAAGGUUGCUUGGAAGCCUCCAGUUUGUCGGGUGGCCAUCAGAGCGGGCGAGGAGAUGGGGCUGGCUGAGGUGGACUACAACACAGACACAACUAUUGGCAGCGCUAUCUUCCAACUCACAACCAAAAACAGAGAAAGGGUGACCACGGCAGACGCAUUCUUGUUGCCUGGCCUACGACGUCGGAACCUUAAACUGCAAAUCAACUCCCAAGUAAUAAAGAUAAUCAUGGAUGCUGAAAAUCGGGCAAUUGGAGUGAAAUAUGUUCAUAAAAAUAAGGUGAAACGAGCGUUCGCCAAGCGAGAAGUGAUACUAUCAGCGGGCGCAGGGGAUUCUCCCAAGCUGCUGAUGCUGUCGGGGAUUGGGCCUAAAAAACACCUAGAAACGCUAGGGAUUGAAAGUCGAGUCGACCUGCCGGGAGUUGGACAAAAUUACCAAGACCACUUAGUUGUCCGCGGAAUAAGUUGGACCAUUCAUCCCAACAUUUCGUCUUCCAUUUUCGAACGGAUCGGGCCGGGUGCCAUGCUGAACUAUUUUGAAAGGAGAUCAGGUCCGUUGACAAGUCCAGUUGGAAUUUGUGCUCUGUACCAAUUAAAUGUAGGCAAUCCUCAGGAACCCCAUAUUCCGGACAUUCUGAUAACCCAAGAAAAUGGACUGCUGGGUCAAGACUACGGUCUCUUCACCCUUUCACCUUACAAGCAAUCGAUACAUGAUUAUUAUCGACCGAUCAAAGGAAGAGAUGGUUUUUCUAUGAGUCCGUGGCUGUCCAGACCAAAGAGCGUCGGGACGGUAACCCUCAUGUCCAAGAACCCUUUCGACCCGCCCGUCCUGGAUCACAAUGCACUCAGUCACCCCGACGACUUUGAGCUCAUGGUCAAAGCUGCCAAGGCUUCUCGGAGGCUAGGAAAUGCCAAGAUCUUUCGGCGGGCUCUUGGUGCUGAACCCAUUAACAAGCCGAUUCCUGACUGCGCGCAUUUCGCGUUCGAAUCGGACGACUACUGGCGCUGCUUCGUGCGUGGCUGGAGCGGCAUGGGGGCACACAUGUGCGGCACCUGCAAGAUGGCUCCAGACUCCGAUCCCAUGGGGGUGGUGACGCCCAGACUGAAGGUUCGAGGUGUCAAGAAUUUACGAGUCAUAGACGCUUCCAUAAUGCCCUCCAUUACUUCAGGGCACAUAAACGCCGUCACAUUCAUGAUUGGGGAGAAGGGAGCUGAUCUCAUCAAAGAAGAUUACGGCAAAAUCUGAUCGCAUGCAUUUAAGCUAAACAGUUUAUUUAUCAAUAGUUUUUCACACGAAUCAAAAUCAAUCGGUGUCUGCCUUCGGAUUUUAAUGAUUUAUAUGUUUGAAGGAAAAAGGGACUACAGAAUUGACCUGUGAAAUAAUUCAAGAUUAUCUCGCCGCUUUUGUUUUAUCUACUCGAUUGAACUCGGUUCUAAGUUUGAGAGGCAAUUUUUCAUCAAGUCAGACACACAUAAAUCGUCCGUAGCAUUAAUAAAUCAUCACUGCUCUUGUUAGUUCACGUUUCAUGUAUCUAUGUACUUAUCAAGCUAUAAGUCUAUCGUAGAUGCUCGACCGACAGCUUCUGCGCGAGUCAAGACUUAGUCAAGCACAAAUUAUCUGUAAAAAAUUAAAUUAUAACACAUAAAAAAUGUUUCUGUAGCCUUUUCAAAUAAUUUCAUUCAAAAAUUUUCAAAUGUGUAACGUUUGAAACUCCUAACAAUAAAUUCCUUCACUGUAAAUACAUCCUCCUAUUCUAACGCUUAUUUUUACAUUAGUUUAGCCAAUAUACAUACGUAUAAUACUGGUACGCAAGAGGUUCGUUACACUGACGCUGGACAUUCGGGGUAUGUGAGGAAAAUUUGGUCUGCGCGUCUAGGACUUCCCUUCUUUCGGCAGGAAACAACUUUUCCUCAAUUACCCCUCUCCUCCUGUGGCUAUAGGAGCGCACAAGUUUUCCUCAACUACUCCCCGUGUGGCUAUAAGAACGAGUCAUACCUCACGCCCGAUUUGAUUGUUCAAGCGGCCGUGGUGAACUUUACUUCGGUUUUAUGAGUCCGUCAGAAAAUCUCAAUUUAGAAUAAAUCUGAAUUCUAAGGUGAAGUGGCAUAUUCCAGAAAACCGUUUUUGUAGUUUAUAUCGGACGUGUUUAUUAAAUAAAAAAUGACUCAAU